CGUGUCGGUUGUCGAUGCGCACCGUUCAAGUCUUUUCUGUGGGCGAAAACCGGUUCCACAAUGGAUUGCUGAUGCGAUGACACCGAUCUCUCUCUUUCAGCACCUCCAUCAAACUGAACAAAGACGCUCCCUUUCGCUUCGUUCAUACCACAAGCCGCGCACAGAGGGACAAAAGGUUCUCUUCCGGUUUAACUUCCACAAAUGAUAGCUGUUGAGAUUUACGAUUAGGGAGGGUGUGAGCAUUCCCAUUUGGUCCACUCUUUUAUGCGCAUCAUGUGGACUUUUGCUGCUAGAGCAACCCGUAAAACAAUCGGCAUCAAGAAUGGCCCUGUAAGGUCAAAUCAAAGUUCUUCAGACUGCUCUGAUGAUGACUUUUCUGUAAACAACAGCAGAGAGGAGGGAUUGGAAUGCCCAAUAUGUUGGGAAUCAUUCAAUAUUAUGGAGAAUGUGCCUUAUGUGUUAUGGUGUGGCCACACUAUGUGUAAGAAUUGCAUCCUGGGGCUGCAGCGUGCUUUGGUCAGACUCCCAACACUGCCAAUCCAGAUUCCAUUCUUUAUUUGUUGUCCCUGGUGUAAUCUAUUAUCUCUCAGGCUGGUUUACAAGGGGAAUCUCAGGUUUCCGAGCAAAAACUUCUUUCUCCUAUGGAUGUUGGAGAGCAUGAAUGGGAAUAGGUCGAAGUCAUGCCACUCCUGCCACGAGGAUAAGCAGUCGGUUUCUUCUCCCAGCAGAAAUUUAACCAAAGAAAAUAAAUCUAGCCCCCGGAACAAUAGGAGGGAUCCAUGCACUCAUCAAGUACAUCAGACUGAGUCCCGCCAAAAUGUAGUCCUCCGCAUCAUUAGCUUCUUUAAUAUUUCAAGUCUUUGCUUAUCAUUCCGUAACUCCUUGAUUUUCUUUGUUCACUUGACGGCCAAGUUCCCACUGAUGCUCGUAUUCCUUCUUAUCGUCUUGUAUGCAAUACCUGCAAGUGCUGUCGUCUUGGCUCUAUACAUUAUCAUCACACUUAUCUUCGCCAUCCCAUCUUUUCUGGUGCUGUACUUUGCUGUCCCCAGUUUGGACUGGUUGGUAAGAGAAAUGGUCACUUGAGUGAGCUCCCAAUAGUUUGCCUUCCUAAUAUUAUAAAGCUUGUAGCAUGACCCUCCUCUCCACGGUAAUCCUCUGGUGGUACAAUUCGACAACGUUGAGCUUAUUGGUUCCUAAAUCAUGGGUUUGAAGUGACACUUACAAACAUUCUACUGCUUGCUUAGUCUUGGAGUAUAGAAAAUGAGAUGUUUGUGGAUGCUGGAAUGUCCUGGAAAUGCCCUACCAGUGUUGUCUUGGUUCAGAAUGUACAUGACCAGAGCUUCUGCAGGAAUAGCUGAUGUAGCUAGGGUGAAGUAUAUAUAAUUGUGAUAUUUUGUAUUUUGCGUAAUCAUUUCUUGCUAAUUGUCGGAUUUGAGGCUUAUAAAACCCCUUGAUGCGUGUAAUAAUUCGUUAGUUGCUAGUUGUGAGAGUUGCUUUUGUUUAUUGAGAAAUCGCGAGAAGAGUGUUGUUUGCGAA